AUGGAUAAAGAAAUUCCCGAACCAAAAGAUAUAGCGUUAACUUCAAAUGAGUUUUUGGAAUAUCUUAAAGGCAAAUACAAGAAGGAAGUCAGAAGAGAACACAACAAAAUUAUUUUUGCUAGAGAACCUUUGAAGUACAGGAAAAUGGGGCUUAAUGAGUAUCUAGAAAAGGACAGAGAAUCCCAAGAAGAAAUUGUUAUCCCUAAAAUGAAUAUGAGUGAGCUGAUGAUACUAGGCCAAGAAGCAAAUGUCUCUAUAAGUAUUGAUAAGUUUAAUAAGGACCCAGAAAUAAUGGUUCUUUUGGUUAGAGGAACGAUUACGGGUAUCGAAUCUUUCAGAGAAAAAAUGGAGUACAUACACAAUAAGCUUCCUGGAAAUAUCCAGACUGAUGGUGAAGUUAAGGUUCUAGAUAUACCCCCUGAAUCAGAAGACAUUGUGAUAGGAAAGAAUGGGGUUAACAUAUACAAGCUUCAGAAGGACUUUAAGAUUAUUAUAAGAGUGAUAGAUGGAAACCGCAGUGGGAUAAAGGCACUUGUUAUUUCGGGAGAUGAUAAAAGUCAAGUGCAGGAGGCAUGUAAUCACGUUAUAAACCUGAUCUAUAGAAAUGUCAAUUAA